UUACGUUAACGUUGAGGCUAGCACCGCCGCCGUUAGCCAAUUAGCUAGCACUUAGCAGUUAACGUCGAGGCCUGCGUUGCUAGCAUCGGGGGCUCGGCGUCCAUUAUCGGACGUGUCCUCAUCCGCCCCUUUCCCGCGGAAUCAGACGCUGCCGUAUAAAGGAGUCGCAGCGUCGUACUUGGAACAAAUUCACGUUUUCUCAAAUAAAAACGUUCGCCGAGCGCAGUUUUAAUUGUACCACGGGCACAAGCACACCCGCUGAAUACAGCGUUGGCGGCGGGCUGGUUGACGUUUCCCGGCUUAAACCGACGCGAUCCCCUCUCCAGCGCACACUACCAUAUAACGUAAACCUUUAAUCUUGAAUGAAAAGACAGUGAAACCACAGACGACAGCGUGUCAGCAGAUGUAUCGUCUUUAAAAGGGAAAAAAAGAGCUAGAAACCAACCACAAGGAAAGCCGAAGAGAAACGUGAAAUAAGUUGUCUCCGUCGGGCGGAAGGAAAGCUACAUGUCCGAAAAUGGAAUUACAUAAUAAGCGGGCUCUGCAUCGGCAUUCGUCCGUAAUAGGGGUUCAUAAUACUAUGUGAAUAUCUACACGAAUGCCAGAUGUAUGGCUUGAAAACAACUUCGACAGUGUUAAAAAGUGUGGGCCAGCACAGUGAAUACAUGGACCAGUGCAGUGGCUUUGAAUUUAACAUGGAUGACUGUGAGAAGUUUGAAAUUUCAGAGAACAGCGUGAACAAGGGAACAGAGCAGAUCAGACCUGAAUGCUUUGAGCUGCUCAAAGUUUUGGGGAAAGGUGGCUAUGGAAAGGUGUUUCAAGUUAGGAAAGUUUCAGGUGCCACCUGCGGGAAGAUAUUUGCUAUGAAAGUUUUAAAGAAGGCCAUGAUUGUGCGUAACGCAAAGGACACGGCGCACACCAAAGCUGAGAGGAACAUUCUGGAGGAGGUGAAGCAUCCUUUCAUUGUGGACCUCAUCUAUGCCUUCCAGACAGGUGGAAAGUUGUACCUUAUCCUGGAGUAUCUGAGCGGUGGGGAGCUGUUUAUGCAACUGGAAAGAGAGGGCAUCUUCAUGGAAGACACGGCUUGUUUCUACCUGGCGGAGAUCUCAAUGGCGCUGGGUCACCUGCACCAGAAAGGCAUCAUCUAUAGAGACCUGAAGCCUGAGAACAUCAUGCUUAACAACAACGGACAUGUGAAGCUGACGGACUUUGGCCUAUGCAAAGAGUCCAUCCAUGACGGAACGGUGACCCACACCUUCUGUGGCACUAUUGAAUACAUGGCUCCAGAGAUCCUAAUGAGGAGUGGACAUAACCGAGCAGUGGACUGGUGGAGUUUGGGAGCUCUCAUGUAUGAUAUGCUGACUGGAGCGCCUCCGUUCACUGGUGAAAACCGAAAGAAGACAAUUGACAAAAUCCUGAAAUGCAAACUCAGCCUUCCACCUUACCUCACACAAGAAGCCAGGGACCUCCUGAAAAAGCUGCUGAAACGAAAUGCCUCACUGCGACUCGGGGCUGGACCAGGAGAUGCAGCUGAGGUCCAGGCCCACCCAUUCUUCCGGCACAUAAAUUGGGAUGACCUCCUCGCCCGCAAAGUAGAACCUCCAUUUAAACCUUUCCUGCAAUCGGCUGAUGACGCCAGCCAGUUCGACUCCAAGUUCACCAGCCAGACUCCAGUGGACAGCCCUGAUGACUCUACGCUCAGUGAAAGUGCCAAUCAAGUCUUCCUGGGUUUCACAUAUGUAGCCCCAUCUGUGCUCGAAAAUGUCAAAGAGAAGUUCUCUUUCGAGCAUAAGGUCCGCUCGCCGCGCAAGUUCCCAGGAAGCCCAAGAACACCUGUGAGUCCAAUAAAGUUUGUAGGAGGGGACUGCUGGCCCCGGGGACCCACGCUGACCGGCUGCCCCUCUCUGUUGGCCCCUGGCAUCUCUGUGGAGCAACCCAUGGAGGUGUCGACAACAGAGCAAAUGGACACGAGCAGCAGCGGUAACUCUGAGGCCUCUGCGCCACUUCCUAUCAGGCACCCUUCAGGUGUCAAUGUGGCGCCCUACAAAAAGCAGGCCUACCCCAUGAACUCCAAACGGCCUGAACAUCUACGAAUGAACUUAUGACACUCGGCUCGCCCGCAAACAUUAGGACUCUUUUAAUUCCUCCUCCUCUUCCUUUUUUUUUUUUGUUUUUAUCAAAAAGACUUGUAGAAUUUUUCCGUUUUUAAAUUGACUGACACUGUCAAUGCUGAUCACCAGCUCUUCCAGCAGCGCCUUUCCCUUCUCUUUCCCUGCCUGAUGCAGCAGUUUAACUACAGUAGAUGUGGUCAGUCGGAGGAGUGGUGUGAGAGACGUGCUGUUGAAUGAAAUUUGACUUGCUCGUUGGCGGUUGAAUGCCAGCUCAUGAGUGGGCUGAGGUGGUUUCCUUUUUACUGAACUGGCAUUAUCAUAUGAUUUACUGGUGCUCUUUUAUCCUCAAGUCUGUAAAAUUUUACUUUUAGUGUUUACGACGAGUUGCCUCCAUCACAGUAAGAGACCUUGGUUACCAGAGGCAGUUUUUUUUCUCCCCCAAUAUGCUGGGAGUUUUUUUUUUUUUUUGUGCUUUCAUCUUGUGAAGGACUAGCAGGUUACACCGUCUGUAGGUAGAUUUAUUGGAUAAAAAUUCCACAAUGAACACAGUAUUCCUUUCAUGUCUUAGGAAAACAAUCACAUUGCCUUUUGUCACUGGAGCGUGUAGUCUGCGGUAGGUGGUGCACGACUGACAUAAAAGCAGCUCACAAAAGGAUGGAAGUGACAUUUCUGCUGCAAGCAUCACUUCCACCACAAUCAAUACCAAAUGCUGGCGCUGCUUUACUUCUGACUGGAAUGCUUCCUAUAGGUCUCUCCAGAAGCACUGUUCAGUUUCUUUGUGUUGAAUGUAAACAGACUCAAAAUGCCUUUUUUUGUGUGUCACCUCAGUCUCUAAUGACCACUGCAGCAUUACUUCAAACUCGUCUAUUCACACAGCCCCAUUUCCACUGUUGACCCAAAACAUGCUCAGCCAAAUUUAUACCAUGUCUUCUGUGCUUGGGUGCUUUGCAUAUGCUUUAUGUGCAUCCACAGUAACAGGGCUAUCAGUGGUAGGGGGAUAAACCCAGACUUAAGUGAGUGGACCAUCUACUAACUCCUGCUUGUGUGAUGUGAAGCUGCUAUUUGAGCCUCUGGAGUCAAGCCAUGAAAAACUUCAUCAAAAUCUCAAAAAAACAGACAUGGCUGGAUGCAGAUUCUUGAAACUGAAUGAAUGAAAAGUUUGAAUGGCUCCCCGAUGUUUCUCGUUAUCCAAAUACGUAGAGUUUAGUGAACUGACCAAAAGCACUGUUUCAUUGAACCAAAUGAUUUUUUUGCUGGUAAACAAACAAACAAACAAACCCUGGACAGCCACAAAAGAAGUGUCUGGCUGUUUUUUGUAAAGCUAAAAGGUUCAAAGGUCAAACAUGUUUUGUUUAUAUUUGAUCAUACUUUUUCCACAUUGAUGCUUGCUGAGGCAUUUUAAUGUGUUUAUUGUCUACCUAUAAGUUUCUUUGCAAUUCUAACCCAGGUGAAGCUAGCUUAGAUAAAGGGAUGCACGGUAUGAAUUUCUUCCAGCCAUUAAGAAUAGCUGAUAGUUGCCUGCUUCUCAUGGCUGACAUCAAUAAGAUGACUGUAAAUGUCACAUUUUUGUAUUUCAAAAGAAACCCCUAAUCUGUAUGCUUAUCUAAAACUAAGAAAAGCUAAAAGAUGGGUGAUUUAAUAUUCCAUAGCUAAAAAGAUUUGUUGUGUUAAAACGGCAGACUUCCUCCCUCCUCUUUGAAUGCUUUCGGAACUGCAAUCAUGUUGUCUUCCUCUGAAACUGGCUCUAUUUAUUGGCUAGAAUUUCACUGAUACUGACAUCAAGCAUAUGUAUAUCGUGCAUCCUUACUUGGAUGUUAAUUUUAUCAGCGCUGGGCUGAACGGAUUGAUUCUUCUUCUACCAUUCCGCUAAAUUAUUUUUAGGACCAGUCACUCCACCUUUUUUCCUUGUUAAUAUUUAUUUUAAGUGCCAUUGUGUUUCCACAGCAUUGUUUUCUAUGCAAAUGUAUUUAUUAUCUUGUAUUGUUUAGAUAAGGCAGCAGAAUGUGUGAGAAUUUGCUUUGGGAUUCCUGUCAGAGACUUAUUUUGUCAUAAUAAUAAUCAUGUACAGUGUGAUUUUAUCUCUGCAGAAAAUGUCUUACCGCGACCUCAGAUGCAGCUUCGUUUUUGAUUCCAAACAUUGAGGACAGCAACCUAACCUUACAGUAUUUAUUGUGUGGCAUAAUAUCAUAUUCGAGGGGGAUUUUCAGAAGACAUUUUGAUAUCUUAGACUUUCUUUGCUGAAAACUUGAACUUCAAUUUGUGUUUUUGCAGUGCUUCAAGCAAGGGGCAGUCACUGUGGGGGAAAAAUCUGAUGCAAAAACCAAUGGGAAUGGCAUUGUGCCUUUGCUGACAGAAAACAGUAUGUAUGUACAGGAUGCUGUACACUGUAAUUGUGCAUAGAAAAAGCUGGGAUUGAUCCAUAAGGUUCACCUCCUGUUACAUCUCUCAAGGGUGUUUAAAUGUUUGCUUCUCCAAUUCAUUGUGAUUUGAUCCGAGUGGGAUGAUGUCUGCGAGAAGUGAUGUACUUAGCUUCUGUUCAGGUAUGCUUGAGAUGUGUCCUCCACACAGAGAUGUCUGAGAACUAUCUUAUCAAGGAAACACCAUCUUUGAGUAGAAUGUGUGUUUAAGUUACUGUUGGGCAUUGAAGAACAUUAUUUCUGUUGCUUUGUCACCUCUAGAUGGGGAAUGUUAAUAUGUAUCAUGUACAUAAUGAAGUCAAAAUAAAAACAUUUUAAAAAAUCA